AUGUAUCGAAUAAUUCUACUAUUAGCUGGUAUUCAUGUCAAUCCAAUAUCGAAUGGAAUUAUCCCGAAAUCUCAUCUCACUUAUGAUAUUGUAAUGCAACAUCUUAUGAAAUGUCAAACGAAAAAGGAAGAUGUCGAAAAAGCAUUGCUAUUGGAUUUGAAAUAUAUCCGGCGUUCUUCGGAUUUAUACAAACUGAAAUGGGGAGAGCAGAGUUGUUCGCAAAUUGUCAAACAUUUCGAAAGUGCCAAUGUAUUCCGAAUUGCGACGCAAUCAGUUAAUUUGAUCAAGCUGUUGUAUGCUAAUUUGAGAAGGCAUGAAACAAUUCAAAGAAUAUAUGGAUCGCCCACCAAGGCAGUACAUAUUUUCGAGGAGCUCCGAAAGGAAUUGGACGCGCUUCUCGAGGAGACACCUUGGAUCAAAACCUACAGAGCAAUGGAAAAAUACAAAAAACAAUUGGAUAUAAUGUCGUUUAUCGAUUAUGGAUUCCUUCGAAACGCUUAUGGGGAUCAUAUAAAACAAGUGUUGCCUUAUUUGGUGAAAUUCAAGAAUAAUGAUGUCAAAAGAAAUGAAAUAUUCGAAUUGAUUGCAUUGGGAUUCGAUGUGAUAUUCAAUACUGGCUAUCCGAAUCCCGUUGCGAAUAUAACUCUUGAUAUUUCAAUGAUCGCCAUUGGCCAAUGGAAUGUUUUGGAUUACGGCGGAUUUGGUUUUAUAACGGCUCAUGAGAUUAUGCAUUCGUUUAUAUUCGAAGAAGGCGAUCGAUCGCCGUUGCGAUAUUACUCGACGAAAAACGCUCAUUGUGUGCUGAGUCAGCAUUCGAAAACGUGCCAAACGUUUCCAGAAGCGACAUAUUUUGGCUAUGGAGCACCAAUGGAUGACGAACAAUUGCUGUUUUAUUCAUUGGCUGCCAUCUUUUGCACUGAGCACCCAGAAAAGGAGAAUACGAGAGAUAUUCAUUCCGGAAAAUACGCCAGAGUCAACAUGAUAAUGGCGCAAUCGGACGAAUUUGCGAAAGCAUUCAAAUGUAAGAAGACGGAUCGGAUGGUACGAAGCAAAGCGGACCAUUGUGAAUUAUACGGAGAAAACGGGCCAUUGACAAGGAAAUUCGUCAGAUUCCUGAAUUUCGAAUAA